CCUCAUUGGUAUUGACGCGUUCGAAACGGUAUCUUCAAAACCCAGCGAAGUGUAACCGAAGAUUGAUGAUGUACGAUGCAGACGAGAGAAGAUGACGCGCCGUGGUGGACCCUGAUUUUAGCGCGCCAUUCGGUGAAUUGGACCCCGCGAAACACCAAAAAGUUGCCCACGACACUUAAGCUGAUCGCAGCGCUUCCUGUACAUUUUCGUGCCAUGGAGCUGCUCUCCGCACUGUUGCCCGGGUCAGCUUCUGCACCGAAGCCCGACCAAUUGCCGCCCGAAAUGCUCGACUUUACGCUCCUCAAAACCACAGUCACGCUCGGACCACGCCUCGGCCGCCUCUCUCUCCCCAAGCGCAAGAGCAUACUGACGCCCGGCUUCAUUGGCAACACGUCGCGCGGCGUCAUUCCGCACAUAUCGCAGGACAACUUCUCGAAAACUCUGAACCUCAAUGGCGUAUACCUCGCGCUCGAAGACUUCAUCGAGAAGCUCCCGCAGAAGACACCGCCAGUGUUCCAAUACGAUGUUCCGCAGCCGCUACGCAAGUUCGUAGCCCUCCCGCAAGACACCCUCCUCGUCCUCGGCCCGCGCCGCAACCCGCCUAUACCGUCCCCGAUACACAGCACGAACAAAGAGCUGGGUGUGUUGACGUCUGUCGGCUUCAAGGCCCUGAGCUCAGAGUACUAUGCCGCCGCCGCUCGAAAAUUGCAACCAGAUAUCGUGGUCGGCUUGGCCGAUAUCCCGUUUGGCCAGGAAGCAAUAGGGAUCAAGAGGAAGGACAAGAUGAGCGAUCGGACAGAGGAAUGGACGCGCGACAUGAUUGCUAAGAAGGCCUCACUGGACAAGGAGGAACCAAGCUGGGGUAUCUUCGCGCCUAUUCUGCCCAUAGACCGCGACCUGCAGAGCUGGUACCUCGAGCACCUGGUCGACGACAUGGCCGACAAGAUCUCCGGUGUAGCCAUCUACGACGCCUACCUCCUCGACGAUCUAUCUGAGGAACUCCACCACCUGCCGCGCCUCUCCUUCCACGCGCCCGCCAGCCCGCACGAGAUCCUCCGGCAAGUCGGUCUAGGCAUGGACAUGUUCACCAUCCCCUUCCUGACAGACGCAACCGACGCCGGCAUCGCGCUUGACUUCACCUUCCCCGCCCCGCCUAAAGACACAACCACCAGCUCGCGGCAAGAUCUAGGGCUGGACAUGUGGUCUGACACACACGCUACAUCCGUCACCCCGCUAUCACAAGGCUGCGAGUGCUAUGCAUGCACCACCCACCACCGCGCAUACGUCCAGCACCUCCUCGCCGCGAAAGAAAUGCUUGGCUGGGCGCUCAUCCAGAUCCACAACCACGCUGUCCUGUCCUCAUUCUUCGCUGGUAUCCGCGCUUCCAUCGAUGCAGACACAUUCGGCGCCGACGUUGCAGCGUUUGAAAGAUAUUACGAGUCUGCGCUGCCCGAGAAGACGGGCCAGGGGCCGAGAGUGAGAGGAUAUCAGUUCAAAGCUGAGGAGCAUGCGAAGCCGGAGAAGAAGAAUCAGAGGGUGUUUACCAAGUACGAUGAUGCUAAGAUUGCGGAAUUGAGGUUGCAGGCUGCACACGGACAGCAGCCAGGCUCGAAGCCGGAGAUGAGAGAUGUUAUUGAUGAUGAGGCGCUUGUUGGCUUGCUGGGGUUGGGGCCGGUGGAUGUUGAUGGUGCAAGACAGGUUGAGUCGCUGAAGUUGGAGGAUGAUGUACAGACGAAGAGUAAAGUGGAAGAUACCCCUUGAGAAACGAAGAGCUCGUGAUAAGGCCACGAUUACAAUUGAACACCACCACACGGCGCACAUGGCAAACAUGUUGUUCUUACAAACAGUAUGUUGGAUCAACAGAUUUGGCCACACCAGGCGAC